ACCCAUCAAACCCGCCCUAAACCAGCGGUCUACGGCACUUCCAUUUCAAAGCAACCUAUUGUCCUAAAUAUGUAAAUAAUUUCACACAACCCAAUAAGAGAUUCUCUUCAUCUUCUCUUUCUAUAUUAAAAUUAAUCAACUCAAAACCCAAAUUUCCCUCACUUUUCAUCCUUCAGGGGAAAAUCGAUCCAUUCCUCCAAUGAGAUCACAGAAAAGGCCGAUCCACGCCGUCACGACAUGGGUGCGACGACAGCCGCCCAAGGUCAAGGCUUUUUUGGCCGUGGUGUCGGGGAUGGCGGCUCUCGUCUUGCUCAGAUUCAUCGUACAUGACCAUGACAAUCUCUUCGUGGCUGCUGAGGCUGUUCACUCUAUUGGUAUCAGUGUACUUAUUUACAAGCUUAUGAAGGAGAAGACUUGCGCUGGACUAUCACUCAAGUCCCAGGAAUUGACAGCUAUGUUUUUGGCUGUCAGGCUGUAUUGCAGCUUUGUGAUGGAAUAUGAUAUACAUACCUUACUUGAUUUGGCUACACUGGCAACGACUUUGUGGGUUAUUUAUAUGAUCCGUUUCAAAUUGAAGUCUAGUUAUAUGGAGGACAAAGACAACUUUGCAAUAUAUUAUGUGGUGUUACCCUGUGCUAUUUUAGCAUUGUUUAUUCAUCCAUCUACAUCUCAUAAUUUAUUGAACAGGAUUUUAUGGGCAUUCUGUGUAUACUUGGAAGCUGUCUCGGUACUACCACAGUUGCGGGUCAUGCAGAAUACAAAGAUAGUUGAACCAUUCACGGCUCAUUAUGUAUUUGCGUUGGGAGUUGCAAGGUUCUUGAGUUGUGCCCAUUGGGUUCUCCAGGUUUUAGAUAGUCGUGGACACUUGCUGGUGGCCUUGGGGUAUGGAUUAUGGCCUUCAAUGGUUCUAAUCUCAGAAAUCGUCCAGACUUUCAUCUUAGCAGACUUCUGUUAUUAUUACAUCAGAAGUGUGUUUGGAGGACAGCUUGUUCUUCGCCUGCCCUCAGGAGUGGUGUGACUAAAGAUCCUCUUCUGCUGUGGUCCAUGAGCAACAUUGCCUCCAAAAUUAAUGUUUUUAGGCAAUGUUGUUGCAAAAUUAUUUUUUUCCCCACACAGGGUUGUCCCUUGCUGUUAUGACUGGAAGUAAAGUAGGCCGAUUGUAAAUUUGGCGAUGCAGAAACUUUGAUGGAUGAUUAUAUUUGGAAAACAUAAUUUUCAUAGUUGGAUUAACUUGUUUUGUCAA